GCAACAAGAUUUUCCACUGCACAAUGUACAUGAGAAAGUGUACAUGAGUUAGUGUUGCAUUUAAAUGGUAGCACAACAGCGCUUUCUUUAAUUAUUUUAAUUUCAAGCCAGACUUUCAUUGUUAAUAUUAUAAAUUUAGACGAUAUAUGUAAGGAAUACGUAUAAAGGAAUUGCAAAAUAUUUUAGACUUGAUAUUAGUUGGAACGACAUUGAUCUAAUUAGCAUAGACCUCGAUCUGGAUCACUUGAAUGGGCCAACGACAUACUGCCUACGUCUGCCAACACUAUCUAUCAGCAGCAGCAACGACACCAUGACAAGCAACUGUUCGCUUGAAGUGGUGGACCACCUGAUGAGAUAUUUGGAGCUGUCCAUCUACAUCCCCAUCUUCCUCUUUGGUUCCAUCCUCAAUGUUGCAGCGCUCUUGGUGUUCUGUGUCUUUCUGCGUAAAUGGACGGAGUCCACUAUCUACAUGACCAGCUUGGCUUUGAUGGACCUGCUCCUCCUCUUUCCUCUUCCCUUCAAAAUGAACGCCACCCAUCACCUCUGGCCUGCCUACCUCCAACCUCUCUGUUCGGUGUUGGAAAGCCUGUAUUUUGGUGGGACGUAUGGCAGCAUCUACACCAUCAUGUGCAUAGCUGUGGACCGAUGGGUGGCCAUCUGCCACCCGUUCAAAGCCAAGCAACUGCGUUCACCCAAACUGGCCCUGGGGACCUGCAUCGGGGUCUGGGUGCUGGUGCUGGCAGCGGUCUCUUCGACCACCUAUCGCUUCAGGGAGGCCCAGCAGACGAACUUGCACUGCUUCCACGAGUUUUCAGAGAAAGGCUGGAGCCCUCCGCUCAUCAUCUGCGUGCUGGUGUUUGGCUUCCUGGUGCCUGCGUUGGUGGUGGUUUACUGUUCGGUCCAGACCAUCUGGGCGCUUCAGCGGUCUGGCCAGCGCAGCGCCCAGAGCCGCGCCUGUGUGAAGAUCAUCUACAGCAGCCUGAGUGCCUUCCUGCUUCCUUUCAGCCCCAGCCACCUGGGCAUCCUCCUGCAGUUCCUGGUACAUCAAGGAGUGAUUCAAGACUGCGGCAACAAGACGAGGAUCAGCCUGUUCCUACAGACGGCGUUGUGCCUGUCCAACAUCACCUGCUGUCUGGACGCUCUGUGCUACUACUUCAUCGCUCAUGAGGUGAGGAGCCCCAGACAUACCUUCAGGGUAUCAACGAUCGGCCAAAGAAGAGCCACCUACAGCACUUCAGAGGUCUGAACGCACACUUGACUAUUAAAGUAAAACAUGAUAUUUGUACUCAGAGGAUGGCUGGAGGUCUGGCUUCAUGUAUUUUAGCAGGGCAUUGAAACUGAAAAAGAGACGGUAUUGUUUCCAGUAGCUGAUGGGUGAAGCGUGGCAUGCGCUAAGAGUAACGGGUCUGAGUGCGAUCUCAUUUAACGACUGUGUUUGAGAGUAAGGCUGAGGGGAAAGGGUCUGAUGAGCUCUGAUACAGGAUUUGGUCCAGCGACAGGAAGCCCGUAUUGAUGCCUCUGUAACCUCAGAUAGCCCUGACACCCAAAAUGUAGGAGAUUGUGAGAUUGUGAGAUGGCUUCAUGUCGUCCAUUCCUGCACACCGAUUAACUGAUGCGGGGUACGAUUCACUUCAAAGCAGUGAAAUCAUUGCAGAGCUUUGUAGUCAAAGGCGGCAAUAAACUUUGGACCAAUGUGGUUCAAUAGCAUCUCGUAUAUAAAAUGCAGAUUUAAAUAAAAAGACAACUUGAACAAGUAAAUUAUCAAAACUGAAGCAAGUAGUAAGUAGUAAGUAAGUAAGUAAAUUAAUGUAACUUACAUAAUUCAUUCAAAUAUUAAUUCAAAUAUUGACUUACCUAAUAUCAAGACACCAACCAGUUGAGAUCUGAAAACACAUGAAUAUAUGGUUAUUAUUAAUUGAUAAUUAGUUAUAAAUAAUAGCUUCUUGACAACAUAUUUUUUAUCAACUCAAACCGAUACUUCAUCUAUCGGUGAUUACUAAGAAAACUGGGAACAUAGCUUGAAAAGUGUAUUCAACCCAUGCAUUCUGGGAAUUCUGACGUUUUUAUUUGUUUUGUAUUUGGUCAUGGAGGGACGUUUGAGUGUUAAUCUUGUACAUUUCUUAUGUAAAUAAAACCUGAGGCUGAGUGACAAACAUGUUCUGCUUGUAUAGAUUUUAAAUUGAUCUUGACCAUAUCAACUAUAUAUAUAAAUAUAAUAUAAUAUAAAUAUACGAUAUACAUAUUAAAGGACAUGCUAUUCGUCAUGAUGACAUAUGUGAAUAUGUAUGAAUAUAAAUAUGCACUUUUUAUUAGUUUUUUUAAUUACAUUUUUUACAAUGCAACUUCAGACGUGCAAUAAUAUUAUUAAAAUUGUUUAAAGCCAGAUAUUAAUAGCCUCACCUGUGUACUGUUGUGAUAUUAGUAUGUUUACGAGGACGUUUGAUUGACGUGAAUGUCAGAGCCAAACCCAAACAGGAAGUUGCACUCGCAGUACAUUAAGCCGCUCUCUGUUUUAUUUUGCUCACGUUGAACAGAGUUGUGGCAACAGUGGAAGGUUUUACAUAAGUCUCAAUUAGGGGAUUUUAAUGUGUAUUAAUGAAAGUAUAAAACUUUAUUUUAUGAUACCGUCAUGUUUUGGUUUACUUGCAUCACUUGUGUCUCGAUACUUUUGCACAAGCCUUCUCUUUGUUGACUUUCUCUGUUGUCUGUGCUCAAUUCAGUUUUGUUUCCGUUUUAAUUUCUGUUUCUGUUGUUUUUCUCAAAGUGUAAUUUGUUUUUAUGAAGCCAUGGAGAUUCUUGAUCUGCUCUUUUUCUGUUCUUCAGUGCAAGUGGUCUGAAAAAUAAAGUAAGCCCAGACAAGAACAUAAA